AUGCAGCCAAUGAGCGUAAGUCACGAGGAACCCGGAGGAAUACCAGUGAACACAUCGACAAUGAACUCAAUUGUCACUCAAAUCAAAGACAAGUCAUUUCUGCCGGAAUUCAUCAAAAUGAUUGACAAAGAAUUGGAUCAAACGUAUGGUAACACCGAUUGUGUGGACCAUUACUCGGAAUACUUUGUCAAAGACAGACAAAAUGGUCGACAGAAUUACCGAUGCACUCAAGGCAUCUGCACCUUCAGCACCAACAAGAGCUCCAUUGCUGUCCGACAUGUCCGCAGACACAUCAAUCAAAAGCCGUACAAAUGUUGGCUCCAAGACUGCAAUCAAUGCUUUUACCAAAAGUGCGAACUCAGAGUCCAUUUGAUCCGCCACUUGGAGGACAAGCCAUUUAAAUGCACUGAAAGUGAUUGUGGGAAGAGUUAUACGAACCGAAAGGCACUCUCUCUUCACCUCAAGAGACACUCCAAACCCAACGGACUCUUCGUUUGCGACGUCGAGAACGACUGUCGCAAAGAGUUUGUCGUCCAAUGGCUUCUCAACAAACAUAAGAAAGACAAACACAACAUCACCGCCAAUGGGUCCGCACCACCACCUGUUCCACUCAUAGCUCACCCCAAACGCGUCUCACAGUCACUGGACAUUCAGCCCAAAGCUAAACCCAAUCUCAAGACCAAUGCCUUGAAAUCUAAGCCAAUUCUUGUGGUGAAGACGUCGUCCAUAAGAAAGAACCACUUGAAGAGCGAAAUGGUGUCAAACUUGAGCUCAAAGUCAGCCAACUUUGGCUUUGAAGAAGUCAUCAAAUAUGUGUUGACUUCUUGCAGAGGACCGCAAACUCAUGACUCGAUUCCGCAGACAUCUGUGGGAACCGCUGAACCAAAGACUUCACCUGAAAAGCCUUGCGUUGAGAGUAAACCUCUGAUGCCUAUGAAUGCCAAUUGCUUUCCGUCCAAACAAAUGACUACUGAUUUGUUCGGUAAAUGUGUGGAAAUCAUUGAAUCGUUUGUUGAAAUCAACAGAAUUUCGACGAUUGAGUCAAGCGAUCAGUUUUUGUUCAAAUGGUUUGAUUCGGAGUUCACUUCAGACACAAUCGAUGGAAUCGUUGAACACAUCUCUCAACACAUUUCCAUUCAUUUGACGCAAAAUCAGAAGGAAUGGGAUCUUCACUUCGCGGCAUGCAAUGGUAGACACGGAUCACCGAUUAAUAUCGACACAACUAAAGUUCAAAUCGAUUCCAAUCUGAAGAUUACUUUUCAUAAUUAUGAUAUCGGUUUCCAUAGGAGUACGGCUCAAAACAACGGCCACACCGUUCGUGUAUUUCUGCGGCCGAACCCCAAGAACGAGGAAAUGCCGUAUAUUUCUGGAGAAGCGGUUAAUAAUAACGUAUAUAUUUUGGAUUCAUUUCACUUUCAUUGGGGUUUCGAUGAAUUUAAAGGUUCAGAACAUUCGGUCAAUAAUGUCUUCAGAUCUGCUGAGCUUCAUUUAGUGCAUUGGAACUCAAUUUAUGACAACAUGACAAACGCUAUUGAAAAGGAGGACGGGUUGGUUGUGGUCACUGUCUUCGUUGAGAGCAAAAUCAUAGCAGAUUUCGGUGUUAUUCACGUCAAGUCACACAACCCCGUAAUGAGAGCUAUAAUCGAUGUUUUGCCACACAUUCAUGAAUUCGGUUCAAACGUUCACCUCAAAGUGCCCAUACAUUUGAGGGAUUUAUUGCCCAAAGAUAAGGACUUGUUUUACAAAUACAUGGGUUCUCUCACGACUCCCCCCUGCUCUGAAAGCGCAGAAUUCAUCGUAUUUGUUGAUCCCAUUUAUAUCACCUCAAGUCAGGUACCCCUGUAUUCCAGUUAUUUGUCACACAAUAACCGCUAA